AAUUGCCUGACGAAUGUCCCACCCAGCUGAUUUUCUGUUUGUAACUCCAUUCAACUAGAUAACCUUGCACUUAAAUGUGCAAAGGGAGAACAGAACUAACAGCAACAUGAGAAUACUAUAAAAUUGUCUUGCUCGCUAGGUUGUCUCAUUAGUUGGCAUCUCUGUGCCUGAGGCUCCCUGAGCACUCCAUUCCAGCGUAAGGCAAAAGGUGUGCUGGGGACUCAAGGAAACAUGCUGUGCUUUGGACUGCAGUUCCCACAUCGUUAAAUAAAUUCGUCAGGCCAUCUGUUUGGCCCACCAGUCAUCAACCAAUGUGUUGCUGUCCUUACAGCACUUAUGGAGGAAGCUCGGGGUUUUUGCCACAUCAUAGGCCAGAGAAAACUCCAGGUCUGCAGUGGCUGGAGAAGUUUCUGGCCCGCAUAAAAGAGGAUAUUUGGACCCAGGCUGAGUAAUGGAGUGUGCUGACUGCUGACAGGACCAUUUCUACAUGCAAAUAUAUCUGGGGAUGCUUUCUACAUGGAGUAAAUCCAGGAUAGGUAGGAAUCUGGUCUGCUGGUCUGCAAUCAAUAAUGAGAUAAAGAAGGAGGAUGAGAAUCUCAUGAGGCCUGUAACUGAGCGGAUGAUUGAGUUCAGCAUUGUGAUUGUUGGAGAAAAGUACAGCGAGGAGCUGAGUGACCCAGACACCGUGAAGCGUCAGCUGCUCUCUGAACAAUUUGUUUCUCAGAUCCAAAAGGUAUUUGAAGGACUACCUGGAUACAAAAACAUCCGUGUCCUGGAAUUCAGCUCUCCUGAGGAGGACAGUGGGGUGGAAGUGCACUAUGCUGUUACUUUUGAUGGAGAAGCCAUCAGCAAUGCCACCUGGGACCUGAUUAACCUUCACUCCAACAAGGUGGAGGACAACUCCUUUAUGGACAUAGAGGAUAAUCCAACAGUUGUUUACACCAUCAGCGAUUUCCAAGAUUAUAUUGCUGAAAUUCUCCAGAAAAAUGCCUUGCUUGAAAACACUUCCUUGAUUUUAGACCCAAACUCUCUCCAACUUAUUAAUGGGAAAGAAAUACUACACCCUACCCAAGCAGAUCCAUCCUGGAUUACUGAGCAUCCAGGUGUGUUGGAGCGUGCGGAGUUUGAUGAUAACACCUUUUUAGCUGAACGGCCUUCAGCAGAUGAAUCAACGGUCAGCAAUACCUUGCCCUUUGAUUCCACCAAACCAGAUUCCACUUCAGAUAGUGAAGAGUCCAAUGACAAUGAAAUCCACCGAAGACCAGCAAAUCAGGACUCUGAGGCCAGCUGGACACCUGAUGCUCCACUUUCCUCCGAAGUUGAUGUCACCUCUUCGCCUGAUGAGCUGAAUUUAGAAGAUGGGAAUCAGACUCCUCCUUUGGUCACUGCACCAGCAUUAGAGCGUGAUUCUGUGGACUCCCUGGAAUGGCUGUCAGCCCCUGAUUCUUCAGAUGGGUUUGAAGAUACUGGGCUAUCAGAAGACUUUAUUCUGCCUUCGAGUCCCCCUUCUCACCUCGUGCCUGAAGAACCUCCAUCUACAGAUGAUUACGUAGUUCCCCUGUCUCCUGCAUCAACAGUGGCCUCCUCGUCAGUCACGGAGACUGAUACUAAAGCAACAGCCUCUGCUGAGGUGGAAAAAGUAACUCAGGGUAGUCCUGCAGACAGUAACAAUGCAGACUCUGUGUUGCAUAAUUCUGUGGAAGAAAAUCCUUUUCCCUCAGAACUACACCCUGUAGAAGCUGAAACUGAUAUUUAUCUCGGAGAUAGAAUUACAUAUGAAGAUGGGUCUGGUUCAGCUUUUGAUGGUUCAGGAAAAGAAACGGAAUCAAGUAUUUGGCCUUGGGAAGAAGCAACGCUGGAACCUGUUUUCCUACCCUGGUCCUGAUAGCUGGCUUGAUGAUGAUAAUGAGUCUUUGUUAAUCAGAACUGAGGAUAUUCCUGAAGGCCUGAUCUUAGAUUAUAUUCUUAACUCUCAGAAUAAAUUAGAUGAUGAUCCUUCCAAAGAUGAAAAUGAAGGUAUGGCUGACAUAGAAGAAA